AUGGACUGGCAAAGGGCCAUGGUUAUGGUUAUUGGGCAUGACCCUGAACCUUUCGCAGAAGAGAUGUGGAGGAUUCUAAAGAUUACCAAGAGUAUUGACAGGAAGUAUACCCAAUUUGCAUGGCAACAAUGCAAUGAAGCAUUGUUUAAUCUUAAUGAUGCUGAUCGUUCAACAAAUAAAGUCCUUGUUGCUCCUGGUUGUGGCCAUUUUAUUCAGAAGGACAAUCCUCAAUUUUUUUCUACGCAAUUGGAGGAUCCAAUUUCAAGAAUUUAG